CCAGUUAGCCUUAGCUAGAAACCAAACACACAGGGAUGUAAGAUUUUUCUAGUGCGUCCGUUCUUUUCGCAAUUUUUUAAAAAAAAUCACUGCGCGGAGGGACCUUUUUAUUUUAUUUAUUCUUCACACGUUGCUCUCUAUAAAUUAACAUGGCGACGUGCAUUCCCUUUCAGACGCAGUUAUCCUCAAUAAUGGAGGUUUUGGUGAAAGCAGCAGUGGCAGAGAUAUCCAAACUAGUCGAUGACAAAUGUGCGUUUUUGCAUCUUGAAAUAUCCCGAAAGCAAAGCGAGAUUGAGAUGCUGAAAAGGAAAUUGUCAAUGAUGGAGAACAAAAAUGCGCAGCUGCAGCGCGGGUUUGAAAACUACAUGGACCGAGGAACUAAUGUGGGGAGUAAUUGUCCACAUCCAACAGGAGAUAUUAAGUUUCCAGAGAUUGAAGAUGCCACUGUUUCUUUCACAAUAAAAGAGGAGAGUCCAGAUGAACCUCUCUGGAUCAGUGAUGCUCCUGGACCAAUUGGUCCUGCUGUACAAUACCCAAAUCCAGGUAACGCUCCGGAAAGUCAGCAGCUUGAAGAGAACCAUCAGUUAAACCAGUCAGAGGUCGCCCGGCUAAAAACAUCAGAGUUUGGUGAUUUGUAUAACUCUGGUCAACAUGCAGGAGACAUCAGUGGCCUUCAUUUCACAGUGAAGACGGAGAAGGCGGAGGACCGGUUGGGAUUCAGUCAGGAUGGAUGCCAGCACAUUGCAGGGAAGCAGACCCAACUGGCUGCUGACUUUUCCAUGGAUGAAAGAGAGAAUCAACUCUGGUCAUCCAUAAUUGAAGGUAAUGACAUUGACACUGGUUUUCCUGACUUUUCUAGCGUGGUAGAGGAGUAUUCCAACACAUUCCCGGACCAUUCAGAUACACAUGUGGCUUCUAACACUAGUAAACCCACUAGCAUCCAGCAGUCGUCCUCUCAGAGGCCGUGUAAUGGGAUCUACAACAGUGAGUAUCAGAAGGAUGCUCCACAGUCGUCCAAUUUUCAGUCCAGACCUCAGGGUGCUCUCUCACAGCAAGACAGGGAGAAGGAACAGAUUUACUCGCAGAGAAACACGUCGCAUGGCGCACAUCUGAGGCAGCCAGAGGAACACCCUGAGAGGGACGCCUCUGCUGGAGACACGCCAGUCGUAUCUCACUCGCACAACACUUUCACGCAGAGCGGCUACCACACUCACACCCCGCACAAACCUUUUUCCGGCGCCGCGCGAGGCUACGUUUGCUCGCAGUGCGGAAAGGCGUUCGGCCGCCUGCACCAGUUCAAGCUGCACCAGCAGAGCCACAAGAGAAAGCGAGCGUUCUGGUGCACGGUGUGCGGGAAGAGCUUCCAGUGCUCGUCCCACCUCAGCAUACACCACCGGACGCACACGGGCGAGAAGCCGUACGGUUGCGGGCAGUGCGGGAAGAGGUUCACGCAGCAGAGCAGCCUGAGGGUCCACCAGCGAACCCACAGCGGGGAGCGGCCCUACAGCUGCUCGCAGUGCGGGAAAACCUUCAUCCUGAUGCACCACUUGAAACGCCAUAGAAUCAUUCACACAUACAGCUGAGGUGGAGAUGUAUGAGGUCGUGUCGCUCAGGUGAAAGGACACAAAUGACCCUUAAAACUAAAUCGAAAAGCCAGUGAACGACAACUGUUGUGGUUGGGGUUUGUAACCUUGUGGAAUUGCUCACGGACUUUCUAUAAUAAUGCAUAUUUUACUAUGCAAAAUCCAUCUGGAUGGAUUUUAAGAUGUUUUCUUCUUUUUUAAAUAUUUGUUUUGUAAUUAUCAAAAUGUGAAAUUGAAUUGCACCCUUAAACAGAAUUCACAUGUCAGCAUUUUUACAAUACUUCCAAAGCUAGAAAUCCAAAAAACGAAAAUCUAAAAUGAAAAAAACAAAAAACAAA